AAAGAUGAGCAUAAAGGAAAGUAUUUCUGCAGAGACAGAGACUGUAGGACGGGCAUCAGUACUGAGACUCAGCGCAGCUGGUUUAAUGAUGGGAGAUUUUCUCUGUAUGACGAUGAAAACAGCAGAUUCUUCACAGUGUUUAUCAGGAACCUCAGCAGAGAGGAUGAUGGGGAUUAUAUAUGUGGAAACAAUCAGACAUGGAGACAUGAUGUUACAUUAGUGGUGAACAGAACCUCUUCUUCUUGUGGGACGUCAGUUCUCCAGACUGCAUAUAAAGGACAAACAAUCACUUUCCACUGUGAAUAUGAUCAUACGUUUCAAACACAAACCAAACUCUUGUACAGCGUGAACAGAGAUCCUGUGCUUGUGCUGAACAGCUCACAGUCCUCACAAUCAUCUGAGGAGAAGUUCAUCCUGUCUGACAGUCACAAAGAUCAUUUUAAUGUGACCAUCAGAGACAUUUCUGCAGCAGAUGAUGGAGUUUAUCUGUGUGGAGUGGAGAUAUAUGGAUCUUCAAAAAAGAUGACUUACAUAGCCUUCAUUAAAGAGAUUCAUCUGAAGGUUUCUGGGUUUCCAGUGACAGCUGUGGUUUCUGUGGGUUUGAUUCUGCUCGCUCUGGUUAUAGUGUUACUCUUAUUCAAACUGAAACACAACAAACACGACAUCAUCUCAUCAUCUGACAGAAGAGAGACAGAAGAUCAUGAAACAGCUCAAGAAGAGAUUCAAGACGCCAGACACCAUUCAGACUCGGAUCCUGAAUCAACUCCUCUCUAUUCCACAGUUCAGUUACCCACAAUCCUCUCUGACUCGCAGAAUCCAGUUUACUCCACAGUUCAGUUACCCACAAUCCUCUCUGACUCGCAGAAUCCAGUUUACUCCACAGUUCAGUUACCCACAAUCCCCUCUGACUCGCAGAAUCCAGUUUACUCCACAGUUCAGUUACCCACAAUCCCCUCUGACUCGCAGAAUCCAGUUUACUCCACAGUUCAGUUACCCACAAUCCCCUCUGACUCGCAGAAUCCAGUUUACUCCACAGUUCAGUUACCCACAAUCCCCUCUGACUCGCAGAAUCCAGUUUACUCCACAGUUCAGUUACCCACAAUGCCCUCUGAUGAGCUCCCGCCGUACACUGCUGUCAGUUUCCAGAAGAAUGAAGAGUCUCUCAGUGAAGCUACAGUCAGAUUCAGUGAAGAAGAGAUUCACUCUGAUUACACAUCUGUCAAUCACAGCAUCGCACCAAAUUAAUAUUAGCACUGGAUUUUUUGUUUUUACACACAACUUGAAUCAUGAAACAUGACAGAAUGACAGUAAUUCAGCUUCCCUGAACGAGUCUUAAGCCAGCGACACAUACAGGUCACUGAUGGACAAGAAAAUGAAAUGUUUCUGUGACUGAAGAAAACACAUUGAUUUCUUUGUAACAUUUUGAAAUGAAAUGUAAAAUGAAGACAGAUGAGUGCAUGUGUGCAAGAAAAUAUUUGCAAUUUCAAAGUUUAUCAUGAUAAUUGUACUUGAUGCCAUACAUUUUUAUUUUGCCACACAGUUUAUUUUAUUAGGAUGUGAUGUAUACA